AUCACAUCAGUCUCUCCAAGAUCGGAGCAAAAGCUGACCGGAAAUGAUGGCUCGCCGCGACAUUCUCCUCCUCUCUCUCCUCUUCGCUGCCGUCUCAGCUGUUGCCUUCGCCGACGACGAUCCGGACUGUGUGUACACAUUCUACAUCCGGACGGGAUCGAUAUUCAAGGCAGGGACCGAUUCCAUCAUCAGCGCACGAAUCUACGAUAAGCACGGGGACUACAUCGGGAUCCGAGAUCUGGAGAAAUGGGGAGGUCUAAUGGGCUCGGAAUACAACUACUACGAGAAGGGCAACCUCGACAUUUUCAGCGGGAAAGCACCGUGCCUGCCGAGUCCGGUCUGUGCACUGAACCUGACCUCCGAUGGGUCGGGCGACCACCAUGGAUGGUACGUCAACUACGUGGAGGUCACGACCACCGGUGUCCAUGCCCAGUGUUCUCAGCAGAGCUUCAAGGUCGAGCAAUGGCUGGCGCUCGAUACAGCUCCGUACGAGCUAACCGCGAUCCGAAACAACUGCCCGUCCACUGUCAAGGAGGGCGUCGAUCGGGUCGGGUCCGAGAUCCGGAAGGCUCUCUCUUGGGUCGUGUGAGUGCGUGAGUGAUGGAGAGGAUGAGGCCCUGUUUUUGUCGUUUUGUGGAGGGAGUGAUUGGUGAAUAAAAUGAUUGGUCGUUUGUGGGUCAGGUCGGGGAAUAAUAUUUUAUCAAGUAUCGAAGAAAAAGAGUGAGUAAAGGAUCUUUAAUGUUUGGUCUGGCAAGAUCCAUGGGUCACAUGGCUUUUCUGUGUGUGUCGGGAUGGAUAACUUUUUAUUAUUAACGUUACUAUUAUUUGGAGCAACA